AUGGCGAAGCUUGUCAGCAACUUCAAUGGCCAACAAGUCACUGACGCCAUGUUGAAGGACGCUGCAAAACUUUUCAGCGAGAACUACGGCGUCUGGGGCAAUGAAGGACCUGGGAGUCCUGGGAGUCGUGUCAAGAUGAGCGCAGACCGCCUACGGGUGCAAUGUCUUCCCGAGGGAUCGAACAACACAUAUGUCACCAUCCAUAUCGAUGGCGUUCUAGCAGGAAAUGCUUUCGCUUGCCGCUGGGAGCAUGCGAAUCGUCGAGUAUGCUGGAUCACCCAACUGGUGGUCCACAGCAAUUACCGAGAACAGAGGCUCGCAACUACUCUUCUCUUGAACUUGAUCGAUGACGACGAUGAUGUGCUCGGGAUUAUGAGUUCCCAUCCAGCAGCGUGUAAAGCCCUCGCGAAGGCAAUCGGAGGUAUGGACCAGACUCCUCUGGCGAACUUGUUGCUGACUAGUUAUGAAGAUAUCAGAUUUUCCGACGUUUCGAUGGACUAUGCUCGGGACCAUGCCGCUGAUGUGCUAAAGGCGUCGCCGAUUGUUUAUGUUCGCGAGGCGCAGCUCUGCGGGCGGCUUUUUAACUCCGACGAUGCUAGCGGAAUGGUGUCGGGCGUGAAUUCUAAGUUCUAUGUUGAUCACGCUGAACCCCUCGAGGCUCUUGCCUGGUUCCAGGAAGAUGGAAACUGGCCUCUUGGUGAAUUGCCUGAUGGGCACGAAUUUUUGUUCCUAGUGGAAAAGCCACGACGGAGACGCUCACGAUCUGCUUCGGCACGACGUGGGUAUGCAGCAACCGGUGAGGACGAGGCAUCCUUAGCUACAUCCUGA